AUGAGUUUCAAUGAUAGGCAAAGAAGCAAACCACCUAAGGAGUCAAAGCCCAAUUCUAAAAAACCCCCCAAGAUUUUGUCAAAAGAUCACUUUGCAGUUUUAAGCCCAUCACUUCCAUCAGGAACCUCAAAACAUUCCUCUUCUGAUUCCCAAGAAGAUUUAGAAUUUUUUUCACCUGGGUUACAUGAUUUUUAUUUGAACCCAAGUAACUUUUCAAAUGAUAUGAAUUCUCAUAUUAUUUCAGAAAAUGGCAAUAAUGUUGAUAAUUCUUCUCUUCCAACUAUAACCCAAAGUUCUAUUGGAAAUUCUUCCACAAAAAUAUCUUCUAUAAAUGGCAUGUCUUCAAAAAAUGAUUCUAAAGAAAAAGAUUCAGAAGAUGAAGAUUAUUCAAGUUCAUUCUCUUUCGAAAGGAACAGUGAUGAACAAAAAUCAACAAAGAGUACAAAUAAUACUAGAACAAAACAGAACUCUCAGCAUCAUUCUAAUAAAAACCAGUCCAGAAUAUCUGACAGAAAUAAACCUAAAAAAAAUAGAACUAGUUACAUUGAAGAUUUUGAAUCCUCCUCUGAAGAAGAAAUAAUUGAUUUAUUUCAAAAGAAAAAAAUAGAAAAAUUAAAAAAGUCAAGUAAUAACAAUAAUAAACACCAUACUUCACUGGAUACCCAUAAUAAUUCUGAAAAUCAACAUUAUAGGAAACAAAAGCAUUGUCGUUUUGAAACUGGAAUUUCUCCAUAUAGUAGCGAUAAUGACAUGGAUGAAGAAGCAAAUAGUUUACAGAUGGAUCUAUUCAAUCCCAAUAAUAUGACAUUCAGAAGUAUUGAAGAUAUUAAAAAACUAUCAACUAUGUCAUUACCAAACUUAAAUUAUUCUACCCCAAUAGUAACUAAAGAAAUAAGAGAGGAAAGACGUAAAAAAUAUAGUAAAAAAGAAAUUAAGCAUUGGAGCUUACAAAGAAAGUUAAAUAUUGAUAAUGGUAUAAUAGGAGAACCACAUAAUGAUGAAGAUGAUGUAUUAGUGAAGCAUAUUAAUAUUUUAAGGAAAGGUAAUACAGGAAAUAUUAUAUCUUUAACUACUAAUAGAUAUGGUGAUGUUGAUUUUUAUACAACUAUUCAAGAAAAGUAUAAGAAUUUUCGAAGAGCUUCAGAGAGUAAUCAGAAUGAAGUAAGAGAACAAAAUAAAGCCAAUGAACAAAAUAAAGAUAAUGAGCAAAACGAAAGCAACGAACAGAACAAUGAGGGGGAAAAGAUGCAAGUAAGAUGA